CUAGUAGUAUAUUCUCAACCUUUAAUAUAUACCCAUUCCACUACACCAAUGGCUACAUUCCAAGUUGUUCUUCGUCAAGGCAUCACUGGCGGCAUUGUUGGUCCAGUUACCGAACAAGUGGUCGAGAUCAGAGGUGACCACAACACAGCCAGCAUUCUUCAUGCCAACCUCCAGCCUGGAUCCAAGACAGACUAUGUUACUCAGACUGGAAAUGUUUCUACUCAAGAAUUGCAGGAUGCCCUUCUAAUUCUCCGCAACCAGUUGGCAGAGUUGCCUUUGGAAGAGCCUACCGGUAGCCAAGAUAUUUAUGGCCAAGAUGUCUCUAUCGGAUUUUUCUCAAACGAUUUCCAAUGGCAAAACGGUGGCCCCGAGGGAUGCAACCAAGGAGAAUCGUCUGUUCAAGCUACCCCCGAACAAAAGGAAAAAUUCAAGGCUCUUGUUAAGCUUGUGGUUGGAUUGGGUGAACAGCAUGCAUUGACUGCUCAAGCAUAAAAUAUUAGGAAUCUAUCUCCCACGAGAUAUUGUUAUUGUUAUUGUUAUUAUUUUUCUCCUUGUGUUUUAGUCUACUCCAUCAUCUGCCCUAUCUUUUUUUUUUGAAACAAAAUGGCAUUUUGUUUCAUGUGUAAGUGUUCUGUCUAUAAACCAUGUCUUUCUUCCAUGUCAGGCCAGGAU